GUCUUGCCCUGUUCAUCCGUGGGUGAAAAGGCAGUAACAGCGGCGAGGCCAUCUCUCUCGGCCAUCUCACGACCUCUGAGGGAGGAAAACCGAAUCUUUUCGUCUCUCGCACACACAACGAUCUUUUUGGCUCUGAAAUCGCAAAUUCCACCUUCUCAAAACGAUUACAUCCACAAAAGGCACCGGGAUGGAGUACGACAAGAAGGACAGCUGCAACCCCCUCGCCCAUUGCCUCCCACAGUUCCAGCCGGGCCCGAAGGCAAUCACGUCCGAGAAGCAGACAAGUAUCGUCAAAGACCAACCCCUUCGCUCUGCCAAGGACGCCGCUUCCGAAUUCAUUGACAUCCUUCGCACCGCCGAAAAGGGAGGCAAAGACCUCGAGCGCCAUCUCAGAAACAUCGUCACGGCCAACUCGUGGACCGAAGAGCUCGCCAAGUACAUCCUCUCCGGCGUCGAAGGCCUCGUCCGCCACCGCAACACCAUCGGCCAAAUCGUGCGGGAGACGGUGGACAAGUCAACCGAAGCCGCUGACAGUGUGUUCGAGUUUGCCAAGGAGCAUCCCGUCUUUGUUACCAUCAUCGCUAUUGGCGUGUUGGUUAUCGUUGCCCCUUGGGUUAUUGAGGCCCUUGGCUUUGGCGAAUUUGGACCCAUUGCCGAUACCUUUGCCUCCUGGUGGCAGGCGCGAUAUGCCGGAUACGUUCCCAAGGGGUCUCUCUUCUCCUUCCUCGAGCGGCUGGGGAUGACUUGGAAAUGACUACUUGUCUUGCUUGGGAAGGGAGUUCGACUUCGGGCCAAGCUUUAACGCUUGAAGCCAGACAUAUUCAGGGACUGUGGAAAGGACAAGGUAUGGUGAUAUGUCGCUGAGCCAGGCAUGUAGUUCAAGGCCAAGUUUUCCUCA